AUGGUUGAUACAGAUGUGAAUUGUCUGCGUCUCAACGAGGUGCGAAUACCGAUGCACACUGUGCGUGAUCAGAACGCGCGUCUCGAGUGCCACUUCGACUUGGAAGGAGAGGCUCUGUAUUCAGUCAAGUGGUAUAAGGACGGCAACGAAUUCUUCCGGUAUGUCCCCCGGGAUCAACCACCGGCCCAGCUUUUCCCUCUGCCCGGAGUUACGGUGGACAUCCACAACUCGACGGAGAGCCAGGUUGUACUGAAAUCUGUGAACCUGUCUAGUACGGGACGUUACCGCUGUGAGGUCUCUGCUGAGGCACCUUCCUUCCAGACGGUGUCCGACCAUGGAGACAUGACUGUCGUUGCGUUGCCAGAGGAAGGCCCAAGGAUUACGGGAGGUCGCCCCCGCUACCAGAUUGGGGAUACUGUGCGGGUCAACUGCACAUCAGGGCGCUCCAAGCCAGCAGCACAGCUCAUGUGGUUCAUUAAUGGAGAACAGGCUGACAGCAAUUUUCUACGUGGACCUGAAACUGUCUAUACAGGAAGAGAAGGAUUAGAGACAGCCAUUUUGGGUUUAGAGUUUCGUGUCAAACCAAAACACUUUCGUCGAGGUGAUAUGAAACUGAAAUGUCUGGCUACAAUCGCAACAGUGUAUUGGCGCAGCAACGAGGAGAGUGUUGAGGGGGAUAAGCCACAGAAGGCCCCAGUGCUGGAGAGCCGAGAGACAGUUCCCCCCAGCAAGUCAAGAGCUGAUCGAGUGCAAGCUACUGGAAGCUGCGCCCCCCUGCUUCCUUGUGCCCCACUUCUGGCAGUUUGUGGCAUCAUCGCGCUUGUCACCACCCACUUGUCUCUUGUAAAUGCAUCUCCAAGCUCAAGGUAACAACGAGAAGUGUUGUCAAACUUCAACUUAUCGUAAACUCAUACCAGAA